AUGCGCUGGCUGAAAGCCUUCAAUGCUCAACUGCCCUGCAAGACUGUGAUAUUAUAUUGCAAUAUAAUCAACAUGCUCCUCGUACUUUUUGCCUUGGUGCUUAUUCUACCUGCAUUUCAAGAGGGGUUUUUGUCUGAGGCCUAUACAGGUGCUGAUUGCUUCAAAGUUGUUAAGGAAGGCGGAGUUAUAUUCUGCAUAAUCGAAGGGUAUUAUCGGCGACAUUUUACUUGGAGUCCUAGAAACUGCCAGAUCGGAUGCAAUGGCCAGAUGGUGCGGUUGCCAGAUUCAGUUUGCCCCCAAGGUGGCUUUGGGAGGUGCGAUGAAAAUGCGAUGGAAAAACUCAGAAGAUGGAGCGACGACAUGAAGAGUAAAAAAAAGUUCUUCAAGCUGUGA